AUGGAAGAAGAUAUUUUUUAUGAUGAUAUACUUAAUCAAGGUAAAACAGAUAAAAAUGGUUAUUUUAGUUUGUAUGGAAAAGAUGAAGAGUUUACUGUAAUUGAACCUUAUAUAAAAAUUAAUUAUUCUUGUCCAAUAAAAAAUGAAACAAAUUUAGGAAAUAUUAUAUUUUUAUAUUUACCAAUUACAGCAUUAAAUUCAUAUAAACAUUAUAGUGAAUAUAGUCAUAAUUUUGGAAACAUUGAUUUAUACAAAUUAUUGACAUAA